AUGAAGGGGUCUAUCUCAAGAUUUCUUCUUUCGGCCUGUGGUCUUCUGUCCGUAGCACGGGCGGUUGAUCCAUUCACCUACGACAAUGAUACUUUCAUUCUUCAUGGCGAGCCCUACCUCCUCCUUGGCGGCCAGAUGGACCCGCAACACAUCCCCCACGAACUAUGGGCCGAUCGCCUAGAAAAGGCACGCGGCAUGGGUCUGAACACUAUUUUCUCCUAUGUGUUCUGGGAUCAACUUGAGCCAACCCAAGGCAAGUGGGAUAACACCGGUAACAAUGACAUCGCGAAGUACUUCCGACUUGCGCAGGAAAAGGGAUUGAACGUGAUUCUGCGGCCAGGCCCAUACGUCUGCGCCGAGCAUGAAUGGGGCGGUUUCCCAGCCUGGCUCAGCGAGAUUCCGGGCAUGGUUGUUCGCGACAACAACAAGCCUUUCCUGGAUGCCUCGAAGGCUUUCAUCGAUCGUCUUGCAAAGGAGGUUGGUGAUCUCCAGAUCACGAAGGGCGGGCCUAUCUUGAUGGUUCAAAUUGAGAACGAGUAUGGAUCCUACGGAAGCGACCAUGUAUACACGAACGCUUUGAAGGAUAUCUUCACUGCUGCUUUCGAUGUACCCUUCUACACCAAUGAUGGCGGCACCGAGAAAAUGCUCAAGGGCGGCCAGAUCUCGGGUGUGUUGGCUGAGACGGACGGCGAUGUUUAUGAGGGAUUCGCUGCUCGCGAUAAAUACGUUACCGAUCCAACUAGUCUCGGACCACAGAUGGAUGGCGAGUACUAUAUCACAUGGCUCGAUCACUGGGCUAGCGAUUACGUCCACAAGUCCAACGUCGGAAACAAGCAAGCGAUCGAUAAAAUCGUUACCGAUGUCAAGUGGCUGUUGAACAACAACGGCUCAUUCAAUCUCUUCAUGUUCCACGGCGGCACGAACUGGGGAUUCCAAAAUGGAGCGAACUGGGCCGAUGAGGUGGAGCCCAUCACCACAAGUUACGACUAUGGCGCGCCCCUCGACGAAACAGGUCGCAGAAAUGAUAUCUACCUUGCGAUCCGAAAAACCAUCGCCGAGGUUGUUGGAGAAGACACCCUCCCCGCUCUUCCAGAUGAACAACCAAUGAUUGAAAUCCCAUCUAUUAGGCUUACCCCAUCUGUGGACAUCUUUGAUACCCUCCCAGACCCCAUCGAGAAAGAAUUCCCAGUCAACAUGGAAGCCGUUGGACAGGCGACUGGACUAAUCCUCUACCGACAUGCCAUCACAACUCCCGUGAAGGGCGCAAUCAAAACUGGCGAUAAACCCCGUGAUCGCAUCCUUGUCUACGUCAACAAGAAGCGAGUCGGCGUGAUCGACGGCACAUACAAGACCCCGAAGACAGUCAACCUAGACCUUAAGAAAGGCGAUGUUCUCGACGUCCUAGUCGAGAACCUCGGACGUGUCAACUACGGACCCGAGAUCGUGGACCAGCGCAAAGGAAUUGUCGGCAAUGUCACAGUUGGCGAAACUGUUCUUUCCAAGUGGUCGAUCUACCCCUUGCCCUUGGCGUCGCCGCCCAAGGCUACCGACAACAAGGCUCCGAAGCCCUCAGCUACUUCAGGCCCUGUCUUCUUCACUGGCUCGUUCGACUUGGAUAAGGUUGGUGACACUUUCCUCGAACUCCCCGACUGGACUAAGGGUGUUGUUUGGGUGAAUGGGGUCAACUUGGGCCGCUACUGGGUUGUAGGCCCCCAGCAGUCACUUUACCUUCCUUGGUGUUAUCUUCGUAAGGAGAAGAACGAGAUCACUGUUCUUGCUCUUGAGCCUACGGGGACUGACAGCACUGUUCGCGGAGUCGCUUCGCGUACCUGGGAAAAUCACCCCGACCCCGAUGCUCCGUGA